AUGGGCUCCGAAUCCCCCGAAAAGAAACGAAAGCGUGUCUCGGAAAAGCACGACCGGCCCAGCAAGAAAACAGCCGUCGAGUCUGUGCUGCCACCUCUCAAGGUCAAAUUCAUCGACAACAGCGACGGCCCUGCUCCCGUAAUUGGUGCGUUCAAAUGUCAAAUCCCUACAGCUGGUGACACUCUAGAAGAAAAGCAGAUUGCUGACCGUAUUCCCAUUCUAGCGUCCACUCCCGGAAUCCGUCUCCCCGACUCCAUCUCUCUCAGCGCAUACACCAAACCCCGUGCAAAACGCUCAUCCAAGACAGCUGCCACCAAUUCCGGCAUCGUCUCGUCUGAGCUCCUUCUACACUCAUCUGCACACCCAAAAUUCGACUUCACGGCGAGAGAAGGCGUUGAGCAAUUGGAUUCUUUGUGGAAUCAUUAUGUGGCGAUCUAUGAUCCAAAAAAGAACUCCUUGCAGCUGGCUGAAGCUAGGAAGGUGACUGUGAGGAGCUGUAUACGGCAGGCCAGUCCUGAUACAGAAUACGAAUCUGAAGAAGAAGAAGUUCAAACCGCAUUCUCCAAGAAGUCCGCCCUGGCCGAAGCCUUUGGAACCAAACAGGCCCGCAAGGCCGUGCAAUCCAUCGCCGAAAAUGCACUCCUCUCAAACGCACCGGGCGGGGCCCCGACCGCCGCAGAAUCCGCCUUACUCUCAUCCAUGCCCAAGGACGCCAUCUCCGCCUCCUCUGCCGAAAAGACCGCUCAGCAGGAAAUCCAAGCGGCCAAACCAUUGCCUCAACCAAAUCUCUCCGCCAGCCAUCCGUCCGACGUGUACUCCAUCGACUCCCUGAUCCCCGGCGGCCUCUCAACCCUCCACUCAAUGCCCGUUCGCGACUGGCAAACCGCCCUCGCAAACUCGGAAGAAAUCCUCACAAGAUCCCGCUUCGUCGCCCACCGCAUCGAAGCAGUCGGCAAAACCGGCGACAAAUCCCAGCUCCAGCUCCUCCGCUUCAUUCUGCUCCUCAUCGAGUUCGCAGGCAGUCUGAAACCCACCCGUGGCGCCGACAAGGCAGGCGUGGGCAGCAAGAAGAUCCCUCCGCGCGAAGAUCUACGCCGCAAGCUUGCCGAAGCGACGACUUCCAAGGACUCCUCCGCGGGGGGCCCGCAGUUUGUCACGGAUUCAUUUAUCGAUUCAUUGCGCCGCAAAUUCGUGCCGCAGGGGGCGAUUCUGUCCCGGAAUGAUCUUACGCUGUUGCAUACCACAAUCUGUGCACUGACGCUGCAUGUCCCGCCGGCGUCGGGCUCGCCGAAUGCGUCGAACGAGUUGGCGACGGAUCCCGCGGAUAUUCGUGACGAUCUGGGCCUGGACAACAAGACGGCGCUGCAGUAUUUCAGGGAGUUGGGCUGUCGGGUUGAUAAGCCGAGGGAGAGUGAGUUUGCGAAAUGGGGGAUUAAGAGGGGCAAGACAGAGGCGGCGAUGAAGAGGAUUGCGAGAUUGAGGAUUCCGGUGGAGUUCCCGAAGGUGAGUCGGGGUGGGAGAAGAUAG